AUGCUUCCAAUCCGUUCACCGCUUUCUCGAUCCUUGGUUGCUGUUGCGUCUAGACCGUCGCAGACGACUGCUGUACGGUUAUGUACGUGUAUGACGGCUCGACGGGGAUUGUCGGUUUAUAGGCCUCCGGUUCGUGCGAAUGCUGUUGUUACACCGGUGGUAGCGAAGUCGAUGGGUGUAAGGACGUAUAUUAAGAAGGCGGAUGAGGUGGAGCCUCUUAAGGUUGUUACGUUUGAAGAGGUCAAGAAGCUUUCUGAUAAUCCGGAUCCUAAAAGAUUGAUUGUCGACGUCCGUGAACCACACGAACUCCAAAAAUCGGGAAUAAUCCCAAACAGUAUCAACGUGCCCUUCAGCACAGCUCCGGACGCAUGGUUCCUCUCCGCAGACUCCUUCGAAGAUAGAUUUGGAUUUUCAAAACCUUCGGAAGAUACCGAGUUGGUGUUUAGUUGUAAAGCCGGGAUUAGGGGUAAUUCGGCGGCUAGGAUUGCGAAAUCGGCGGGGUAUGAGAAUGUGGCUAGUUAUGAGGGCAGUUGGUUGGAUUGGGCGAGGAAUACUGGUGCGCCGACUUAUUGA